UCGAGGAUGCCACAUGCGACUGAACCGUGUAACAGUGCGCGUCGUCAGCCACGCAAUCAGGCGCAGGAAUCGUGACUCGAUAAUAACGAGAGAUAAUGGAAAGUUGUGUGGUGACCUUGCGAGGCUGCCGAUUGGUUCGCUAGACCUCGGCUGACUUAGUAGAUUAAGAACUACCGACGUCCUCUACAGACAACCGGGAAGAAGCCGACGAUUAAGGACGACCACUUGUUGCUGCCGAUUUUCCACACUCUGAUCAGUUCGUCUAAUCACGAAUCAAUUUGGCCUAUUGUUACAUUAAUUUCAACAUUAUGUCAGAACAGGUUGCAGAUAUCGCCUUGAUUGGCUUGGCAGUGAUGGGACAAAAUUUGAUCUUGAAUAUGAAUGAUCAUGGUUUUGUGGUAUGUGCCUACAAUCGUACAACAGACAAAGUUAAGUCAUUCCUGGAGAAUGAAGCUAAGGGUACAAAAAUUAUUGGAGCCUUCAGUCUCGAAGAAAUGGUUAGCAAGUUAAAGUUGCCACGUAGAGUGAUGAUGUUGGUAAAAGCUGGACCUGCCGUUGAUGCCUUUAUUGAAAAAUUAGUUCCACUUCUGUCCCCUGGUGAUAUCAUCAUCGACGGAGGUAACUCAGAAUACCAAGAUACUCAAAGACGCACCCAAGAAUUGGAAAAGAAAGGAAUUUUAUUCGUUGGCAGUGGAGUCAGUGGGGGUGAAGAUGGCGCGCGAUAUGGACCAUCACUAAUGCCUGGAGGAAAUCCUAAAGCUUGGCCACACAUCAAACCUAUCUUCCAGGCCAUAAGCGCUAAAAGUGACGGAGAACCAUGCUGUGACUGGGUUGGCGAAACAGGUGCUGGACACUUUGUAAAAAUGGUUCAUAAUGGAAUUGAAUAUGGUGACAUGCAGUUAAUCUGCGAAGCCUACCAUAUUAUGCGCAACGGAAUAGGCAUGGAGCCCCAGGAAAUGAGUGACGUAUUUGCUGAGUGGAACAAGGGCGAACUCGAUUCCUUCUUGAUCGAGAUCACUAGAGACAUUUUGAAAUACAAAGAUGAAAAGGGAUACCUUCUGGAGCGCAUCAGGGAUACGGCCGGUCAAAAAGGAACUGGAAAAUGGACUGCUAUUGCUGCACUGGAUUACGGAGUACCUGUCACCCUAAUCGGCGAGUCUGUAUUUGCCAGAUGCCUUUCCGCCCUACAGGCUGAAAGGAUAGAAGCAAGUACUAUCUUAGAUGGACCCACAGCUCUCUUUCAAGGAAACAGAAAACAAUUCCUGGAGCACUUGAGGAAGGCACUCUAUGUUUCCAAGAUUAUCUCUUACGCCCAGGGUUUCAUGCUGCUUCGAGAAGCUGCCAAGAUUCACAAUUGGAAUCUGAACUAUGGUGGAAUUGCACUGAUGUGGCGUGGCGGAUGCAUUAUUAGAAGCGCCUUCCUGGGUAACAUCAAACAGGCAUUCGAGAAGAAUCCAAAACUCACGAAUCUGCUACUAGAUGAUUUCUUUGCCAAAGCCAUGAAGGAGUGUCAAGCCAGUGCCAGGGUGGUCGUCUCCACCGCCGUUACUCUAGGAAUCCCAACACCGGCCCUUUCAACUGCCCUAGCCUUCUACGACGGCUACAGGAGUGCUCGACUCCCAGCGAAUCUUCUUCAGGCUCAACGUGAUUACUUUGGUGCCCACACUUAUGAACUUCUAGGUCAGGAAGGUAAAUUUAUUCACACCAAUUGGACCGGUCAUGGCGGUAAUGUUUCUGCCUCCACGUACGACGCGUAAGGAUUGGGUACACGUCGUGCGGUGCUGAUUCCUGAAGAAAUUGUCUUAUUUUUCUCCUUCUGUUUUCUUUAUCACUACAUUCCGUACGAAAUCACGUGAAUUUACACAGCUUUGUUGACACUUGUCGAAUGUAAUGGAGAAAAAAAGUCUGCACGAACUUAUCAGUAGCAACGAGGUCAGAUGUAUUGACACGGAUCAAGAUCCUCACGUUGGAUCAAGUGAGAAGUUCAUGAUAUAUUAUCGCAUUAGAACGUAUUAUUAAUUUUGGACAAUAAUUCGUGCUCCUUUUGACGUUCGUAUUAUUGUACGGUAUCGCAAUUGUUAUUUAAAUUAUUUUAAUGCGUGUCAAUUUUAAUAAAAUCAUUUCACUCUGGGAUAUA